CCAUCCACAAUCCAAGUCCGAUCCGAUCGUCAGUCAGAGUCGAGUGUGCGAGCAGCGAGCUGGUUUUGUCCGUGGUCGUGCGUGAUCGGUAGCAGGUUCCAACAAGCCCCUUGACAGUUUGCCGGAUUAGCAAUUUUUUAGUCCGGAGAAAAGAAGAAACACGGGUAAAAAGUGGUCCGGAAUCUGGAAGCAACGGGGAAAGAAGGAAGAAAACUGUGUUGAAAAGUGGGAAAUUUUGAGUGAAUUUAUUGCUAUUUUUGGGCCUUUUUAGUGUUGUGUAAACAAAGAUCUGUCGGAAGAACCGACCGGAAGAUUGCUUGGUGCGUCCCCGCAGUGAAACUAAGAAAUCUCCGAAAGAAUCUUUAAAGAAUAGCGGUUUUGGUUCCGCCAGCUAAGUAGUUCCCAAGCCCAGAAAACCGAAUUCCCUCGAACGGAAGCCCCGUAGCCAGUGUGGAGGUCGGCAGCAGUAACCACCGGAAGAAAAUCACGUAGCAGGAAGAAUCGUCCCGGGAGCCGGAACCAACCCAGCAUGAUUAGCUGCAAGUGCUUGAACGUCGUCGUCCGGACCGUUCCGGACGUGGCGUCGCCGUCCGCGGCACCGCUUCGCUUCAACCUGGACGAGUACCUGCAGCGCCGGAAGCGGCCCGCGGAAUCGGCCGGACCGACCGGACCGUCGACACCCAGCGACGACCAUUUUCUAUUUUUCAAAGAGGCCCUCGGUCCCGUGCGCUGCUCAAGCGUUCAGGUUCAGUUCGACGACCUGGUCCGAACGGUUCGCCUGUUCGACGAGUUGGACCUGCACCAGUGCCGCAACUGCCGGUGCUGCGUGUUUGCCCGGUUCGCCGGCACUCCCGCCUCCUCCGCCGAUAAACCCGCCUCCUGCCUGGUCAACGCGUCCCUGGUGACGAACGAGGACCAGCUGAACGCCCGCAUGGCCGACGGCAGCUACUCGCCGGCGUUCGGCAUCGUGCUGAACAGUUCCGAACUGAGCUACAGUGACCUCGCCGAAAAGAGCAGACUGCUGAGCAUGGCCAAAAGUGGCAACACGUUCGUGCAGCUGCUGCGGGCGUACAUGGAGCGCGAGACGGAAGCGGCCAACGCCCGGAUCCACCGGUUCACCGAGCAGGAGUUUGCCGUGCUCAAGGUGAAGCGCGAACGGGCCGAGCAGGACUGCAUGAUUCUGGCCAAACGGGCCAACAACGUACCUGAGCUGAUGCUGCGCAGCAACAGCAUUUCCGAGAGACCGAUGACGACGACGACGACGACUCCGACGUCGAAGCCUCUGGCCACCAAGGUGAGCCCGAUGACGGCCGUUGGCACGAACGCCAACGGAGCGACCCAUCUGAACGACUCCGGAGCCGGAGGACCAUCCCAGCUGGAGACCCCGCCGCCAACGCCCGAAUAUCUGCCAAUGUCCACCGGAAACAGUCCACCGAUGGUGACCAGCAACGGGGUGGCGCGAUCCCGCAUCACUCCACCCUCAUCUGCCGACCAGUCCAGCGGAACGACCCGCCCCGGCAGCAACCACAACAACAACAACAACAAUAUCGUUAGCUUUAGCAACAACACCCGAGGUGCCAUCGCCGCUGGUCGACAGCCACAGCAGCAGCCGCAACAUUCCAGUACAAAUUCGUUGAUGCAGAUGCAGCAGCAGCAACGGUUGGCCACCAGCUCGUUCGAGUCGGACUGCAUGUUCGACAUUGACGGCAUGGAGAACGACAAAUCGCCCCUCACGCUGUCCGACGAGGAGGAUCUCGGAUUAGACGAGUCCACCGGCAACAACAACGAGGACGGGAUCUACAUUCCGGCGCGCCACUCGCUCGGCCGGCAGAGCAGCUCGAUCGCCAAGAGUCUGCCCAUCUCGAUGCCCCAGGUGAUGACGCAGUUCCGCGCGACCGAGGAGGACUACGACGAGAUGGCUGAGGACAACGUGGACAUCGCGGCCAGUAUUAAGGCACUCGCCCGGAGCGUCCACGGCGACACCGUGUUUGGCGAUCUGCCGCGUCCCCAGGUCCAGCGAUUCAGCACCCAGAUCUAAACCCGGCGGCAACCGGCCAUCCUCUUGAUCUGCUCUGAGUAGUUUGUGAUGUUCUUUUUUUUUGGGUCUUGCUGCUUGAAUGAAUUUCGAAAUCAAGCGUGUUUGGAAGCAAGCAGAAGCAGCAGCAGUAGUUUCGCGUCGCAUCAUUCAAACUAUUACGAUUAGCGUUUAUUUCUUUGUUUAUUUUUUUUGCUUAUUGUUUAGGUUUAUAACUCUUCCAGCCCUCACACUUUGAUUGCUAGCAACGAGCUAGCUUAAGAGCCAUUUCGUUUCGAUUGUAGUUUUUAGUUUUUGAAAGCACUUUUUUUAAGCAUGUGUCGAGCUGAUUAAGGGACGAUUUACUUUCGCGGAGAAAGAGAGAGAGAGAGAGAAUUGUGAACGAAGAACUUCCCGAUUGGAAGCUGAUUAUUUUUUCUUGUUAUUCGAAGUCGAUUUCGUUACUCUGUAACACUCUAAUUUUAGUCCUCAUAUCUUGUUUCUUCUUUUCAUUACGCAACACUACUAAUUACUCUACUUAAAACAUUCUUAACAAGCUUUGAAAAGUGCGCGAAAACGGAAAACGGAAAGCGUCGAAGUUGAGCUUCGACAAAUUGGCUAGAUUAGCAGUGAUAGAAAAGGAGAAGAAAAAAGAUAGUUCUUUGUGUAACAUUGUGGCUUUUUGGACAUAAUUCUCACUAGAGAUUAUAAGAUAGGCAGAGCGAAGCGUUUUUGUGUGUGUUUAGGAGAGAGAAGGUGUAGAUUUAACCAUCUAUUAAGGGCAAAGUUUGGUAAAGAAGUUCGCUAGAUUGACAUACAGCAGAUUGUGCAGAUCACGAUUUUAUUUGAUUGUUGCUGGUAAAAAAAUAAAUCUUUAAAAAAUUCUACUCAGAAUUAUUGUGAUUCGCCGUCGACGCCUGUAGAGAUUUAAUAUUCUGUUACUCUCUUCUUCCACAACAAAACAUUAUUUACCGUCAAACUAAGUUCGUCGCGCUUCCCACGCAGAGAUAGAGCUUAGAGCGCGAUCUGCACAACAACCUAUAGAAAACCCUAAUCAUCGUUGUUCCCGCCAUUAUCUUAACUACCUCCCAGAUUUAAACGAAAAAGAAAAA